CGCGACUCUUCUCCUCCGGCGUCAGUGCCUACCCCAAGUAUCCCCUCCUCACCGACCCAAACGAGCAGAGCUCCCCGCCCGCGAUCCCCCGCCGCCGGCAGCCAUGUCCAACCCCGAAUCGAGCCCCCAAGCCGCCGCGUCGUCCACCUCGCCUCCCUCCCACGCCGGCCACAUCCACACCCCGCUCUGCCGCUCCUGCGGCGCGCCCGCCGCGGCGCCCGCCCCAGCCCCCUGGACGGGGGAUUCCCCGCCGCCCGCCUACCGCCCCAUCCGCAUGCCGGCCAUCAACGCGCCCACCAACACCGCUGCCAUCGUCCUCUCCCCGGUCCCGCAGCCCCUGCCGGUGCCGCCCGCCUUGCCGCCCUUCGCCUUCCAGGCCCCCGCCAAGCGAAUCGCGUCCCCCGACGACAUCGCGCGCUUCAAGGACUCCACCCACGGCCGCCACUUCCUCGGCUUCGUCGCCUCGCUCUCCGCCUCCGUGCACGGCCGCAAGCUCUCCGACCCGCUCCCCUCCCCUCCCUCCCCCGCCGUCUCGGCCCUCCUCGACCUCAUCUCCGCGCUGUCCGCCUUCGUCGCCUCCACCCCGCCGUUCCCGCACAGCUCCCGCUACGGCAACCCCGCCUUCCGCCUCUGGCACGAGAAGCUCGGCAGCUCCGUCAACGAGCUGAUCGCUCCGAUCACAGCCGCCGCCGCGUCCCCCUCGGACCUCGUCGGCGCCGAGGUCGAGCUCGCGCCGUACCUCCUCGACUCCUUCGGCAACGGCACCCGCAUCGACUACGGCACGGGGCACGAGACCAACUUCGCCGCCUUCCUGUACUGCCUGGCGCGACUCGGGCUCAUCACCGACCCCGAUUACCCCGCCGUCGUGCUACGCGUGUUUGCUUCCUACCUCGACCUCAUGCGCACGCUGCAGGACACGUACCUGCUGGAGCCUGCGGGCUCGCAUGGCGUCUGGGGACUAGAUGAUUACCAUUUCCUGCCCUUUGUGUUUGGGGCUGCACAACUGAUUGAUCAUAAGUACAUGAAACCCAAGUCGAUCCACAACCCGGAUAUCUUGGAGAACUUCUCAAAGGAGUACAUGUACCUGGCGUGCGUCAUGUAUGUGAAGAAAGUGAAGAAGGGGCCCUUUGCAGAGCAUUCGCCGAUGUUGGAUGAUAUCAGCGCCGUGCCGAACUGGAAGAAGGUGAACAGUGGGUUGCUCAAGAUGUACAAGGCUGAAGUGCUUGAGAAGGUGCCCAUCAUGCAGCAUUUCCUCUUCGGCUCACUUAUCAAAUGGGAGGAUUGAAGCUGAUAACCUCUCCGCGGUGGAGGCCAGUCUCCAGGACAGACACUACACCACACCAUGCUCUGCGAGUAACGAAGUACCUACCCUCCUCUGCGAUGCAACAAAGACUGAUGCACAGCGAUGCUGCUCCAUGUCAGUACAAGACGGACCUACGGAUGUUUCACUUUCCAUCUAGGGCAAUGGGCUUCUGGCUAGGAGAUGUAUGCUUUCUGCAUGCUAGUGCAGUGCAGUGUAGUGUAGUGUGUAGUGCGUUGGUUCAUCACGCCGUUGCUGUGUUGCUCGAAUUCUGGGACCUGUCCCUAUUCACCUUGCAUUUCACGAGGACAAGCUAGUUGUACCACCUUUGAUGAAUAACGCCCUGUGUUGAGGCUUUUGAUGUAGAUUACUGGAGGGGAACAGUUUGUUGCUG